AUGGCACAAAAAAGAGCAACAGUUUAUAUUCUCAAUGUCACAGAAUCAAUGAGUCAUUAUUCUGAAAAUGCUUUUCAGAAAGCUUUAGAUUGUAUAACUACUUCUCUUGAAGACAAAAUUCUGUCAGGACGAAAAACAGAUUUCACCUCUAUUCUUCUUGCAGGAACACCCAAUACAGACAACGUUUGUGCCGAUCAAUUGGACACACCAGAUCAAUACCAAAACAUUUCAACACUCUAUCCUUUACAGCAAACAACCUUGAACAUACUGCGACAGUUGAUAAAAAUACGACCAGUAUCAGAUUCGAAUAUAAAAGUGGAUGUACUUGAUGCUGUUAUUGUCGCUAUUCAGAUGAUUUUGGCUCACUGCAAGAAAUUAAAAUACGAAAAGUGUAUUGCAGUAUUCUCAAACGCAAAAGAUCCUAUCGAUUGGAGAGACUAUCAUGAUAUCGCAGCAGUUCUUAGAGAUAAUAACAUUGUAAUGCUAUUCAAUGGUGUGGAUUAUCAUGAAUACAAGGACCCAAUGUGUACCAAGGAGAUCGAGACGAACUAUGAUUUUUGGAUCAAACUAGCAUCCCAAACACCAGAUGGUCGCGUAUGCCAUAUAAACGAGACUUAUGAGGAGAUAAAUCAGAUUCAGGUCAAAGAAGUUAGGCCAACACCUAGCUAUCGAGGAUAUCUUUACCUUGGAAGCCCUAACAGAAACCAUUUUCUUGCCAUAAGCGUGUUUAUGUACCUUCGUGUGAAGGAGGUCAAGAUGCCUAUCUCUAAAAAGUACUCGAGUUUGAGCCAAGGCCCGACUCAUGACGUUGUUCCCGAAAAAAUCUAUACGGUCUCGAAUACAGGCGAAAGCAAGACAGAUGGCAUUGAUACGACAGAGGAAGAGGAUUACAUCACUGUCUCUAAGGAUGAGUUAGAAAAGGCAUAUCGCUUUGGUAAGCAGGUGGUUAAAGUAUCUGCUGAAGAAGAAGAGUAUGGCAAAUUGAAAACGAAGAAAGAGCUGUCUAUUCUUGAAUUUGUGCCUGCGAGCACGUUUCGCAGGUACUACUUAAAAGGACAUCCCUAUAUUGUAUCAGCAGGCAGCUAUUGUUCAGAAGAGUCUGCCGUUGCCAUUUCGGCCUUAGCCCAUGCACUACAUGAAACAGAUACUCUGGCACUCGUACGCUAUGUUUAUAAAGACGAUAGCGCUCCUAAAUUAGGUGUUUUAUUCCCCUUAUUUGAAAAGGACAUUUCAUUACUUCAUUAUGUCGAGCUUCCUUUCUCAGAAGAUGUCCAUCCAUAUACAUUCCCAUCUCCUCCAAAAGAUAUUAGUGAUGAUACAAAAGGAAGUCAGCUGAUAGAUGAACUGAUUGAUACAAUGGAUCUAAACAAGCUGACAGACAUACACGGAAACAAAUACCUGGAUCCUAAUGACACAUUCAAUCCUAUUUUUUGGAGGGUCAACAGGGCUAUCAAGGUCCGUGCAUUGGAUCCAAAUGCAGCUAUACCUGAGUUGGGCAAAGAAUUUCAAGUUCAAUACAAUACCCCAGAUGCAUUCAAAGAAUCAUUAACGUUCACUGCAGCGAGAUUACAGGACCAUUUUCAAAUCAAAAAAGGCAUGAUUUAUCUGUCUAUUCUUAUCGGUCUGUUAAUACUUUUUUGUAUAGUGGAGGAAAAGGAAAAGAAGAGAAAGUACGAACAAGCGAAUGAUGAAGCUUCUUUCAAACUGACGCCUAUUGAUGAACUUGUUCAAAAGAACAAGCAGACAAAGAUACAGCACCCUAAUGGCGAUGUACAGAAUAUUACAAUUAAUACACCAGUAGAUGAUUUCAAGGCAAUGGUAUCAAACAAGGAGAUAGAUCUUGUUACUAAAGCUGUUGAGCAACUAGGCAAGAUUGUGGUUGAACUUGUCGCUAAUUCAUUUGGAAGUCAAAAUUAUCAAAAGGCCAUAGAGUGUCUUCAAGUCAUGAGAAAUACAGCAGCUGAGGAAGAAGAGGCAAAGACCUUUAACGCAACACUGAGUCAACUGAAAGGAUGGUGUGAGUUGAGCAACAAGACAUCGCCACGUCGUCAAUUCUGGGAAAUGCUUAAAGGGAAUAAACUUACUCUCAUAACUCAAGAAGAGAGCAAGGAUGCAGACGUUCAACAACUUACAAAGGAUGAUGCUCUGAAGUUCUUUGAUGAAGAAGCUGAUUCAAUGGAGCCUAUGAUGCUGAGUACUCAAGAAGAUGCAGAAGACAUAUUCGAUGUAGAUGAUUUGUUAAAUCAAAUGGAAUAA